UAGUCUGUGUCUGUGUGCGGGUAGCUCGUGCCUGCGUCUGAAAAAACAUUUUUAAUAUCGGCCGUCGCAUGAGGCAAAAGUUAGAUGUGAAGGUAAAAACUUCUAAAAGAAAAAAUGUUACUAAUUUCCAGAACCAUUUGGAGAAGUCAUCACCGCCUCCUUCUACAACAACAACUGGUGUUCAGUGCAUCUAGUGGUGGUUCAGUGGCGGAAAAGCACACUCUGCAUCGGAGCACCCCGGUUUCGUUAGUUUCAGCGCACGCACCGGCUGAUUGUGGUCACAUCAUGAGUGGCAGAUAUCGCGGUGGUGGUGGCGGUAGAUUCGGUGGCCGUAGUGGCGGCGGCAACGGCUAUGGAGAUGGUGGUGGCUACAAUGACUUUGACAACUAUCGUGGUGGCGGUGGUGGAGGUGGUGGAGUAGGUCCCGGUUUUAAUGACAACUUCGGACCAGGUCCUGGACCAAAUCCCUUCAACAUGGGACCCCCAAACAUUUCCGGAAAUGAACUUAUGCAGCUGAUGAGUGCCAUGGCCAGUAACUUCAACAUGAACUCCCAACCACCACAGCCUAUGCGACAGAGUUGCGGCGAAUUGCGCAAUCACCAUUGUGGAUUAUUUGUCGAGAUUUCCGGCAGACUGAUCAAGAAGCGAGUGAAUCGCUUCGCGGAACUUCGCGAUCGUAAUGGCGGGGCCUGUCAGCUUGUUGUAUUGGAAGACAAACAUCCGCGGGUAGCGCGACGCAUGAACAACAUGCCCGAGAACACCACACUGACAAUUGUGGGAUUGGUUAUGCGUCGACCACAUAAUUCGUGCAAUCAGACGAUGCCGACAGGCGAAAUUGAAGUAGAGGUGCAGGACAUCCUUAAUAUUCAUUUUCCGGCCAGCGGAACCAAGCGAGCUGGUGACAAGCGCACAUACAGCACCAUGGUGCAGCAGCAGAGUAAUCUCGGUAUAACCAGCACCGAGUACAAGAUAGCAAAGAACGAAAACAUAUUGAAGUACUUUGAGAACCGUGAUAUUACUUGUAACGAUCUAAGGCGCGAAGAUGUGGGCAAGACGGUGACCCUAGUGGGUUGGGUACCCUCUACCAAAAACAACAAAUUUCUUCAGCUCAAGGAUGGUUAUGGCCAGACUCAACUCAUGAUUGAGGAUCAGUCGCUUAGCGACACAUUCUUGUCUACUCCAGAGCAGACUGUCAUUCAAAUAGUCGGCAAAGUUCUGGGCAGGCCUAAGGCAAACGUUAAUUUGAAAUACGAUACUGGUGAAGUGGAGGUCAGUGUAACACAGGUGAAAAUCUUGAACCCAGACGAUCCCUACGAUGGGCCCAUUAAGGCCAAGGAGAAGCAGCAAAAGCUAUCCAUUGAAGAUCUAGAAGCUGAGGAGGCUGCUGUUGAAGCCUCUGGUAAUCUCAACAGCAAUAACGGAGUGUCCAAGGAAGAUGGAGCGGAUGCAGGCCCUGUGACUGCCGAACAACGAUUAAAAGUGGCGGAUACCAAUAAGUUCGCUGAUCGCACACACAACUGCGGUGAACUCAGCUCCAAUGAUAUCAACGAAAAGGUCACAAUCUGCGGAUGGUUGGAGUUCCAGCGUAUGAACAAAUUCUUUAUUCUUCGGGAUGCUUAUGGACAAACUCAGGUUCUCUUAUCGCCUAAAACACGGGGACUAGAGGAAUAUGCAGAAGCAGGAGUCCCCAUUGAGUCAAUUGUUCGAGUUGAGGGAACAGUAAUACCUCGUCCUGCAGCCACCAUAAACCCAAAAAUGCAAACUGGACAUGUUGAGGUAGAGGCCGACCUAGUAGUCGUGCUCAAUCCGGCUAAGAAAAAUCUUCCAUUUGAGAUACGGAAGUUUAAUCGAGCUGGUGAACGCUUGAGGUUAACUCAUCGCUAUCUGGAUUUGCGUUUUAACGAUAUGCAGCAUAAUCUUCGCCUCCGAUCGGCUGUUAUAAUGAAAAUGCGAGAGUAUCUAAUAAACUAUUUGGGUUUCGUUGAGGUUGAGACACCGACUCUCUUCAGAAGGACUCCUGGAGGAGCCCAAGAAUUUGUGGUACCCACGCGAAAAGCGGGACAUUUUUAUUCGCUCGUUCAGAGCCCACAGCAAUUUAAGCAGAUGCUGAUGUCUGGCGGGAUAGACAGAUACUUCCAGGUGGCUCGUUGCUACAGAGAUGAAGCAACGCGUCCGGAUCGUCAACCAGAGUUCACCCAGCUGGAUGUCGAGCUGUCUUUUACCAGCAGGGAUGAUAUUAUGCAACUGAUUGAGGAGACGCUCCGUUAUUCGUGGCCUAAAGAUUUUGCUCGUUUGCAAACCCCAUUCCGUCGUAUCACUUACGAGGAGGCAAUGGAGAAGUACGGUAAUGAUAAGCCAGAUACUCGUUUUGGUUUCUUGCUGAACAACGUCUCCGAUAUUGUUGAGAAGAGUGGGGAUUUUAAAGAAAAAUACGAGGAUUUGGGCGCAUAUGCCAUCGUGGUACGGGCCAGUGAGGCCUUUUGGAAUGGAGCAGCCCGAAAACAUUACGAAAGUUUGGGAAAGGAGUUUAAGGGCACUUUGUUCGUGCGCAAGUUCGGUCCUACGAAAGAUGUGCAGGAGAAGCUGGGCAAGCUCCUGGGCGAGGAAGUGGCUAACGAGGUUGCGGAGAAGUUCGAUCUUGAAGAGAACGACCUGUUUUUCUUGGGUAUUGGACCAAAAGAGGAAACUCGCGCUAUGUUGGGUCGCAUCCGACUGGACUACCAUGAGUUUCUGGUAGAGAAUGCUAAAGUAAAGAAGCCUAAUGAUUUCCGCUUCCUGUGGGUUGUCGACUUUCCGUUGUUUGAGCGUAAUCGAGAGACCAACCAGUUAGAGAGCGUCCAUCAUCCAUUUACUCUGCCACAUAGCGAUGAUCUGGAUAAUUUCACCACCAGCUGCGAAAACCUAGAGAACAUACGCUCCCAGGCGUAUGAUUUGGUGCUAAACGGUCAGGAAGUUGGUGGUGGUUCCAUUCGCAUCCAUGAUCGUGACAUGCAGCACUUUAUUCUAGAACAGAUUCUUAAGAUCCCACAUGAUCAUUUAUCGCACUUACUGAGUGCAUUGGAGUCCGGCUGUCCGCCUCACGGCGGGAUUGCUUUGGGCUUGGAUCGCCUGAUGGCCAUCUUAUGCCGUGCCAGAUCAAUACGCGAUGUGAUAGCGUUCCCCAAGUCACUUAAUGGGCGUGAUCCGUUGUCGAACGCUCCUGUUCCCAUUUCUGAAGAGGAGAUGAAGAUGUACCACCUUUCGGUAGUAGAGGAGGAGGAAGCAAGCACAAGUAGUACUUCAAAUGAACAAGAGGACGAUGAUCCCGAUCAACAGCGUCCACCUCCAUCUCCCAUGUCGGCGACUAGUGAUUCUGAACAGCCAGAAAUGGAUGUGGAUAUUAAAGUCGAACUCGUGGAUAAGGAAGAUGUAGAAGAAAUUGAAAAAAAGGUAGUCAAACCGUCAACCAAAGCGGCAGUCAAAGCAGCUCCCGUCGCCGUAGUAUCCCCACCAUCCGUUAAGGUUGAUCCUGGUACACCUAGGCCAAGGCGGGUCGUUAAAAGGAAGGUGUAGAGCUGGGGCUCAUUAAUAUUACAAUUAACGGAUUAGCAUUUUACAUGUAAGCUCAUAACUUGGGACAGGGGAUGGCAGCUGGCAUUCGACUAAGUCAGCAAUACAGCAAACACAGUAGUCGGGUCGUAUUAAUUAAGAGGCAAAACCCCUCUAUACAUACAGAUGUAUACUUUACAAAUCAAUAUAUGUACCCACCACGGAUAUUCUCAAUGGAUUUCAAUACCAGAAUAUAUAACAUAGGACAAACCAAUUACACACUCACAAACCGACCCGGCUGCCGUCAUUUAUAAUUAUUUUGGCAACCAUUUUAUUACAAUCUAAAAAAUUAUACAAGAGAGCUAUAGUAUUUGAAGUUGUUUAUAUAAUUAUACGAUGCCAGAAUUACAGUUUUUUUUACUGUAUUUCCAAGUUUAUAUCUAGUUUUUAGCCAUCGAUUGCUUGCUGUCAACGAAUAUUAAUUUAUAUAAAUGUAUGGAUUAAAAUGAAAUGGUUCGAAAUUAA